GAACUUAGUAAAGUCGUAAACUGUUCAUGUUAACGUUUCUUAGGUCAUCGUAUAUAUAAGGUCUUGCAUUCAUUUUCUCUUUCAGAAGAUAAUAUACAACUGAACUCUGGUCUUUGAAUUUCUUCUGAACUUACAGUUAUCUUGUGCGGUCAUGUCAGACGAGAGACCUAGUGGAGGAGACGGUGUGGAUGCCAAACAGGCAAUGAAUGAGGGACCGAUUAAGAAUACAGAUCAAGGAGUAGAUCAAGCAGAUGCAAAAGAUGAUUUGCAUGAUUUUAAAUACAAUAUGAAGUAUCCCAGCGUGGGACAGUGUGUCAUCAUCAACAACAAGAAUUUCCACAAACGUACAGGAAUGGGAGUUCGUAACGGAACAGACGUGGAUGCAAAGAAAGUGAUGGAGGUCUUCAUAAACCUGGGCUUUAAAAUCAGCAUUAGCAAUGACCAAACUGUCUCACAGAUGAAAGAUUUGUUAACUAAAGUAUCUAAGAGUGAUCACAGUCGUUCGGCCAUGUUUGUCUGUGUGUUGUUGAGUCAUGGAGAUGAUGGAGUGAUCUACGGCACAGAUGACUCUAUAGAGCUAAAGGAUCUCUUUCAGCUCUUCAGAGGAGAUCGCUGCUCCACGCUUGUUGGAAAACCCAAACUUUUCUUCAUCCAGGCUUGCAGAGGGACAGAGCUGGAUUCUGGCAUUGAGACUGAUAGUUGUGAUGACUCAGCGGGACAAAAGAGAAUUCCGGUUGAGGCAGACUUCCUAUAUGCAUACUCCACUGUACCAGGUUAUUAUUCCUGGAGGAACGUUUGUAAUGGUUCAUGGUUCAUCUCAUCGCUGUGUGAGAUGCUGUCAAAAUAUGGGAAGCAAAUGGAGAUCAUGCGGAUCAUGACACGUGUCAACCACAAGGUGGCUCUGGACUUUGAAUCCUCCUCCAAUCUGCCUGGAUUUGAUGGCAUGAAACAGAUACCCUGCAUUGUGUCUAUGCUCACCAAAGAGCUCUAUUUCCCGUAAUAAUGCUACAUAACUGUAAACACUUUUGAAUCAUUUUAAAAUGCUAGAAAUACAUUUAAAUGUUCCUGUGAUGUGUAAAAUGUUUACAUUGCUGAAUUUGACACAAUUUGACAUCUUAUCAGGCUGCAUUAUUAUUAUUAUUAUUAUAUUAUUAUAGUAUAAUAUAUGCAUUAAAUUAUCUUAAUAACUCAGGAUUUUUAUUAUGAAAAUAUUUACUUUGGCAGUUUCUGUGUUUUGAUGACGUUGCUAUGAAGGUUAUGGCAUAUAUACUGUGUGGGUAAAAACCAACCAUGUGCUUUUCCUAAAGCAUGUGUUCAACUUGAUGCAUAUCAAAAUGGAAGCAGUGCAUGUUGGUUUAUUUUUUUAAAUGCUUUGUUUACAGAAAACUCACAAAUAGAUAUAAAAAUAAUUAUAGAAAAAAAGAUUUAAUAGACAAUAAAAUGAUAAAUAAAUAAAAAACAUUUAAGGAGAAACAUCUUGACACUGAAGGUUGAGUGUAAACUUAUGCAUACAGUACUGUGCAAAAGUCUUAAGCCACCAUGCCAGAAUUAGAUUUGUUGUUAUAGUGCUCAUAUAUAAUUAUUUCUCAGUCUCUUUAAUAGAAUACAGCCAGAAAAUACAGGAAAUGUGUAUAUAGUAUUAAAAACUAUAUUAAAAUGUAAACUGAAGUGUUUUUUUGGGGUAAAUUUCCACUUGAGCAAUAGCAGGAAACUGCAGGAUCUCU